AUGGCGGGAAUCGCGCCAUGUACUUCAGGAUCUACCCGCAAACGGCUGCGAUUGUCCGACAAUUCGACUCUGCCGAAACUCGACGGAACCGAGUUUUUGCUGGGACUGCAAGAUGCGCGUCACGAUUUUUGUGAUGUAGCGGUUCGAGGUGCGGUGGAUCCAGAGAAGCCGGCAGAGGCGAUUCCUUGUCACCGCAACGUGCUGAUGGCACGCAGCGGCUGGUUCCGACGCAUGCUGCGCUCCCAGUCGAAGGAGUCCCAACAGAACACUAUCCAGCUGCAUAAUGUUCCCCACGACAUCCUGCAACAGUUGAUUGACUAUAUGUAUUCCUGCGAGGUCUCCGUUAGCAGCAGCAGUAACGCGCUCCUGCUUCUGCAGGCAGCGGAUCUGCUGGAGAUGCGGCAGAUCGCGGACAUCUGCCAGCUCUUUCUCCGGAAGAAUUUAAACCUAGCCAACUGGUUAAGCCUCUACCGUGAAGCGCAGCAGAUGUCAAGUACGACCUUGAAGGAAGCGUGUCAGGCCUUCGCCCUAGAGCAUUUCGUCAGCAUCGCCCAGUCGCAGGAUUUUCUGGAGCUGGAUGUCGCUGAGUUGAAGCAGCUGAUUGCUUCUGAGGAGCUCAAUGCGGAGAAGGAGCAGCAAGUGGCAGACGCUGUUGUCCGCUGGCUGGGCCAUUCCCUGCCACAACGGGCGCGCUGUGCCGUGGAUUUGGUCCGGCGUAUCCGUACGCCCUUGUUGGCUGCUGAAUACCUGGCUUCGCUGUCCGACACUCCUGCCGGUCAACAUGUUCAACAAGCGGUCUUUUCUGUGGCUGACGCCCCAAGCCGAGUGCGCAGCUCUUAUCAGCCUGUGAUCGUUUUUCUGAGGGGCUACGACACGCAAAAAAAAUUCGCGGAGCACAAGAACGCUGCCGAGUUGUACUGUCUUGAUCCGCUGACGCCCAGCAUUUGGAGCGUGCCAUGCGCAGUUCCACCAGGCAGUUGGGGCGGUCCUAUGCUGUAUAUGGUGAAAGACGGUCGGUUGCGAAUCUACGUGUUGGUCGAUGCGAUUGGUCAAGAGGACCCUUGCCGUCUGUACAUGUACGAUGCCAGCGUGGAUCAGUGGACGAACGUGGGUAAAUUUUCUGUCCGAGAUGCCUGUCUAGCCGCAAUCCACGAUCGUAUCUACGUAAUGGGAGGCGACCGGGCGAUGUAUGCUUUCGACGAAGAACACCGCCAGUUGAUCGCGAAAGCCAAGAUGCCGACAUUGCUGCAUGGCAGUGCCACGGUAGCAUAUGACGGCCGGUUGUAUGUGGUUGGAGGGAUGUACUGGCCUUCGCGCAACGCAAGUCACCGUGCAGCCACGGCGGCGUAUUGCUACGACCCAGCUCGCAACGUCUGGGAGGAGCUGGCGCCGAUGCCGACGGGGCGCUUUGGUUGUCGGGCAUGUGUUGGCCCGGACGGGCUCAUCUAUGUUGUUGACAAAGCGCAGUGCGAACAUUGCAAUGAAACCGCCUACCCCGUAGCAGAUGCCUAUUUCCGGAUAACUGCUGAACGCCCCACCGCCUUGUACAAGGCCGUGGCUGAGAACAUUGUCCUAAAAGGAAGUUUUGAUCAGCUCGAGAUCGUGUCGCCAGUUAUCACCGUAGACCUCGUCAGGGUUAAGCUAACCAUAAACAACAGCGCAAUUCCAUACCGCUUUACAGAACCGGGAAUUGAGAUGGCCGUGUACCGAAUACCAGUUGACCCAGCAGGGGUCAACUUAACCAACACGACCUCUCAGUACAUGUGCGGUCACUACGGGCUGUCAGCGAUCUCCGUCCAACCCGCUUACAUUUAUCAACUGGGAUAUGGAGAGGAAACCGAGGAUGUACGAGUUUGGUACGAAAUAUCCCCAAGCAUCUACGAAGCGUCAACCAUCUCCGUCGACGAUUCUUUCGGUGCAGUCAACGGCACACGAAGAAGGUUGGCGUUAUCAUCCUGGGUCACAGGUGCCAGUUUAUCCAUCCACAGCUCGCAGUUAAGAUGGACCGAGCCGGUUAUAGUGCGAUUUAGAAUAAUUAACUUUCAACCAUCCCUAAAAUACUUCUGUGCAUUUUGGAAUGCUGACAUCAAUAAUGGUUUUGGAGCGUGGAGCACCAAAGGCUGCAUAACUAGGAUCGAACACAACGGUUUCGCAGCAUGUUAUUGCGACCACUUGACCAGCUUCGGCAUUUUAGUUGACGUCAGCGGACUCCUGAAUGUUGCUGAAUCUACGCAUAAAAUUUUAACACUAUUCUCCCAUUUUGCGUUAGGACUCUCCAUAACUGCUCUGGCUAUCGUUAUCAUCGUUACAACAAUUAUAAGAAUGUUUAAACGCGAGCGAAGGCUUCCCUUCAAAAAUGAGUCGACGGACAAAGACUUUGUGCUGGUCAAUCUUUCAUUAGCACUCAUACUAACCUACUUAACUUUCUUAUGUGGAAUUGAUCGCAUGGAAAUGCGACAGCUCUGCCUGGUCACCGGUGUUUUCCUGCACUGGUUCUUCUUGGUCUCCUUUGCCUGGUUAGCUGCAGAGGGGUAUCUUCUAGCCAGAGCCUUCGUAGCUAACCGACCACCGGUGCCUGUAAAACAUUUCCAACUUUUCUCCGGAAUCAUGUGCUGGAUUGUACCGUUCACCAUUGUUGGCAUAAACUUAAUAAUCGACCGCUUUGGUUACGGUUAUGGCUUGGUGAAAUCGUGUUGGUUGGAUUCGGUUUAUUCUCCACAACGGUUUUACCUAACCGUUGUGGUGCCGAUUUGUGCUGUUUUGGCUGGGAAUUUUAUUGUGUUCGCCCUUGUUGCAAUGCGAAUUGCUUGGACGAAGUCGCCAGUCGUCUCUGGUAAGCCUGACGGCGCUUUUCUUACGACAUCGCUGCGCCGUUGCGCCGUACUGUGUGCUUUACUGGGACUUCCUUGGCUGCUUUUACUGAUCAACAUCUCGGACCAUAACUCAUCCACGUCCAUUACCAUGAAUGCCCUGAUCGCAGCGUUUUGUGGCACACAAGGGUUGGGAAUUUUUCUGACCCAAAUGUGUGGAAUGAAGGCGACACUGCAGCGGAUAUACCGGUCUUUAUAGCCACCGAAUAGUCCGGUCGUAGGCAAGCGAACCGUUACGCAUUCCAGUUAACGGUGCCCGUUUGCACCAACAACGUCCAUGCCUCAGGAUCCACUAAUGCAGUUUAUCCGACAUAAUUCUUCUACUCCGUCACACGCUGCUCCCGCAUUAACCACAUUUACACCGAAUCAAAACAAUUCGGUUUCGUUUAGCGGGUCCGCCGUUACCGAUCGCUUUACAUGGCAUGUGGAAGUCUGUAAUCUCGUGUUCACUGAUUUCGCUCACUUAUUACACAAUUAAUAGAAGGUUGUAUUACAUAACUAAAAAGCUGGCAGGUGGCUUUUGUAGAACCGCCCAACGUACGGUGGCGACCGUGACGGACCGUCAUAAGUUAGACAACAAACCUAGGUUUUUGAUCUCGCAGUAUGAAUGUCCCUUGAAGAAAAGAGCGUUUUCAAUCCGCCAGAGCAAGUGCCGUACAAAAAUUCGGACUCAACUUGUGGACUGCUAUGCGCUUGU